GCAAGCGCAGUGCGGUGUUUGUCUGCCGGGCUGACGGGCGGUGGGGAGGUGCGCGGUGGCGGCGGCGGCGGGGAAAAUGGCGGCGUCCUCCCUGGAGCAGAAGCUGUCCCGCCUGGAAGCAAAGCUGAAGCAGGAGAACCGCGAGGCCCGUCGGAGGAUCGACCUCAACCUAGAUAUCAGUCCCCAGCGGCCCAGGCCCAUUAUUGUGAUCACUCUAAGCCCUGCUCCUGCCCCGUCCCAACGAGCAGCCCUACAGCUCCCACUGGCCAAUGAUGGCGGCAGCCGCUCACCAUCCUCCGAGAGCUCCCCGCAGCAACCUACGCCCCCCACACGGCCCCGCCACAUGCUGGGGCUCCCGUCCACCUUGUUCACACCCCGAAGCAUGGAGAGUAUUGAGAUUGACCAGAAGCUGCAGGAGAUCAUGAAGCAGACAGGCUACCUGACCAUCGGGGGCCAGCGCUACCAGGCGGAAAUCAACGACCUGGAGAACUUGGGGGAGAUGGGCAGUGGUACCUGCGGCCAAGUGUGGAAGAUGCGCUUCAGAAAGACGGGCCACAUCAUUGCUGUGAAGCAAAUGCGACGUUCGGGGAACAAGGAAGAGAACAAGCGGAUCCUCAUGGACCUGGACGUGGUACUCAAGAGCCACGACUGCCCCUAUAUCGUGCAGUGCUUUGGGACCUUCAUAACUAACACAGAUGUCUUCAUUGCCAUGGAGCUCAUGGGCACCUGUGCUGAGAAGCUCAAGAAGCGGAUGCAGGGCCCCAUCCCUGAGCGGAUCCUGGGCAAGAUGACGGUAGCGAUUGUGAAGGCGUUGUAUUACCUGAAAGAGAAGCACGGGGUGAUCCACCGGGAUGUCAAGCCCUCCAACAUCCUGUUGGACGAGCGGGGCCAAAUCAAGCUCUGCGACUUUGGCAUCAGUGGCCGCCUUGUUGACUCCAAGGCCAAAACACGGAGCGCUGGCUGUGCUGCCUACAUGGCACCUGAGCGCAUUGACCCCCCAGACCCCACCAAGCCAGACUAUGACAUCCGGGCUGAUGUGUGGAGCCUGGGCAUCUCCCUGGUGGAGCUGGCGACAGGACAGUUUCCCUACAAGAACUGUAAGACGGACUUUGAGGUCCUCACCAAGGUCCUGCAGGAAGAGCCCCCGCUCCUGCCCAGCCACAUGGAUUUCUCAGGGGACUUUCAGUCCUUCGUCAAAGACUGCCUUACUAAAGAUCACAGGAAGAGACCAAAGUACAAUAAGCUACUUGAACACAGCUUUAUCAAGCACUAUGAGACGCUGGAGGUGGAUGUGGCAUCCUGGUUCAAGGAUGUCAUGGCGAAGACUGAGUCACCGAGGACUAGUGGAGUCCUAAACCAACACCACCUGCCCUUCUUCAGGUAGCUGCAUGGUGGCAGCCAGUCCCACCAUGGGGGCCGGGGAAGUGUCCACAGGCCCCCUCUUCCCUACCUGGCCACCCAGCUACCCACCAGGGGAGACCUGGGAACUGGAAGGCCGCUGAGGGCUGAGGACAAAGUAUGGGAUGCCAACCCAACCCUGACUCCCUACCCAGCAGCCAUGGACAGAUGGGACCGCCAGGCCCUAACCCCUCCAGUCCGGGGGUCAGCCGACUGUACGAGUCCCCCUACAGACACUGUGAACGGAAGACAGCAGAUCGAGAGCAGACUCACUAUUUAUUCAGUCGUAACCUCUGGGCUGGGGUGGCCACCACGGGCCAGGAGAGAGUCACCUGUCCUGCAUCGUCCCGCACUCGCCCCAUGCUGCCCUUUCCACCUUCUGUGGUACACACGCUCUGUCUCCACCUCCCUUUUUCACAUCCCUUGCUGCCUCUCUGGUUUUCCCUGUCUCCUUUCCUGCCUCUCUCCUGGCCCAUGACCAGGCUCUGCCACCCACAAUAGGACCCCUUGGUCCUCUUAGGUCUGUGGUGAGCAAUGAGUCUUUUGGCUGGCAUCCUCAUCCCAGGAAGGCAGUCUGGGCAUUGACUGCAGCUGACCCAGGCUGUGCACUCUUGCGUGUGUGCGCGCCCGCUCUAUCUGUCUGUCUCUCUCUUUGAACUCAGGGGGUCCUUUUUGGAGUUUAUUGUAAAUUAUUGUACUUGGUGGGGUGUUUGGGGGACGGAGGGAGGAAGAAGAGUUUGUUCUCAUGGGGCUUGUUGGUACCUUCAGAAACUUUUACCAAAGUCAUGUUUAGCUGCUUGUGGUAUAGCCCACGACCUACCCUGGGCACUGGAGGGCUGGGACCAGGAGUCAGGCAGGGGUCUGGGCCACUGUGCCUUGUCAGCCUGACCUGGAGAAACUAGUCCCAAAAGUGGGUCCUGGGGACAGGAGCUUUUCCCUUGGGGCUGGAGACUGGCCACAGCUUGGGAUGAGUUGAGGACCUCAGGUAGUUCAGAGGGAGCCCACGGGGCCAUGGCCACGCAGGGUGGCCUUCAGGGAGGGUGGGUAUGGAGUGUGGUGGGCGGCAGGAGAUGCAGGUGUAGCAGGGAGGGGAGAGUGGAGGAUGGGAGGUGGGGAUGGAGGGUACAGGAAAUGGAUGUGGGGGUUUGAGGACGUGUGACAGGGACAGAGAUGGGGCAAGCUGAGGGCCAGGCAUUUAAAGGCGGUCACCGCCUACACAGUGCCCCUUGAUUCCCCCAGAGCUGGCCAGUCCUCUAGCCCACCUUGAAGCUGGCCCAUGGGGCCCCACCCCCCAGCCCCUCUGCAGCAGCCAGAGCAGGAGGGGGGUGUUUUCCUUCUUUUGUUGGUGAUGCAUGCAAAUCAGUGGACAAAACACGCACACACACACACAUACAAAAACCAACCAGCACCCAAGGCGAGGAGCCUCCCUGGACAUGGCUGGAACAGCUGAGACUCAGCCUAGACGUUGCUGUAACCUCUCUCCACCCUAUCGAUUCCUGUCAUUCUCCUAACAUAGUCACAAAAGGCUGCAUGUUUAAAAGUACUCUGCGUUUUCUCUCUGCCCCCCCCCUCCAGGCGAGAGGGUGGAAGAUGGCCCCUCUCUUGCCCAAGUCCCCUUUGUGAGGGGUAGGGGCAGGGUGGUGGGCCAACUGGCCGGGCUCCACCCUAUGGGGUCCCAGCCCCGGAGGCUUUGGCCUGUAACCGCAAGGUUAAGUGGCUGGUUCAAGGGCCAGCAACAGCCAGAGGCCAGCUGCCCGGGUGUGUUUUUAUUUAACUUUUGUUUCGUGUGUGUCUGCCUGCCCCUCCCCUUCAGUGUUAAGUGGGAGCCCUGGGGGAGCCUCUCCUCCCUCUGUCUCCAGUCACCAGCCAUCCUUGUGGACCAGGCAGAGGUUUGAGCAGGCAGGCAGGAGACUGGGGCAGCCUGGCCCAGCCCACAACCCCUUCUCAGGCUGCCAGUAUUGCCCCUUCCCUUUUUAAAAUGAAACACCCUUUGUAAAUCCUUAGACGCUUGAGAAUAAAACCCCUCCCUUUUCUUCCA